GAUCAGAUGCUGUUUCACAUUCUAUUCAGGGACCAGCGAAGUGUUACCUUCUGAGAGCUAUUCCCACACAACUGUACAGGCUGUGUUUACCUCCUAGAAUAGACCGGUGACAUAUCCUCACUCACUCGACCCAACGUCGACCCGAAUGGUUUUAUAGCGUGGAUUGUCACACAUAUAUCUGCACACACCGGCUUACCUUUACGCCGUAGUGCAGUCGGAACUUAGCUCAACAACCACAAGUGUAUACCUGGAAUCCAAGCAAAGAUGCAACACUUCGGAUCUUUUUCGGCUGCCGAAAGUCUUACGACGAAUACGGACUCGAAAAUGACUAAGGCGCAAGCCGAGCACGUGAAGCGGCCCAUGAACGCAUUCAUGGUGUGGUCAAGAGGCCAAAGGCGAAAAAUGGCUCAAGACAAUCCGAAAAUGCACAAUUCAGAAAUCAGUAAGAGGCUAGGUGCGGAAUGGAAACUUCUGACCGAGGAGGAAAAAAGACCAUUCAUCGACGAAGCGAAACGACUGAGGGCGUUGCACAUGAAAGAACACCCUGACUACAAGUACCGACCAAGGAGGAAACCCAAGUCUUUACUGAAAAAAGACAAAUAUGCGUUCCCUAUACCUGUGAUCCCUGGUAUGAACGCGACACUAGGUGGACUACCGCCGGGAUUCGGAAUCCCCACUUCUCAGUCGGACAGCGUUCUCAGCAAUCUUAACGGGAUGAGCCUAGCGGAGAAGGCUAGAGCGUUUCUCCCGCCUGUGUCUAGUCACUCGCUCUACGGACAUUUAGAUUCAGCCAGUAAAUUGGACUCCUCAUCCCUCUCCUUAAGGGCACCGGAUAUGGCUAGUGCCCUUUAUUCUCCGUACGCUGCCUCGGCGCACAGUGGGCUGGGUGCGUUCCCCCCGGCCGCGCACUCUCAUAGUGGAUUACCUGGACAGUACCUGGUGCCCUGUUGCCCUCCGGCGUAUAUGCCCUCACAGGACCUCCACAGGCCGGUAGCUUAUGUCUUAGUCAAACCUGAGGACCAUUACAGGCAUUCUGUACUAUAAACAAAAACUUUUAAUUUAAAAUUGUGUGUACAUAAAUUUAUAUAUAUAUCCAUCUAUCUAUCUACAAAUAUAUAUAGGCCCAUCACCGACAGGACAUCGUUGUUGAUGCCUCGUACAUACUGUUAUAUAGGGUGACAAUUGUGGUGAAAACGGCGGGUGACUUUAUACGGACUCGUUCCUUCUCUACCGUGCUUCAUCCCUGGCACUUCGUUUUAACCAUCGAAGUCGCCAUCACAUGGAUGUAUCUAUUACUUGGACGUUGUGUUUUAGAAUCAUGUCCGCACAUUUCCCAUCUGAAUUUGAAGGUGAUUGCGAUUUUGUCAAUUUUCUAUGAAAAACAAAAGACUUGCUUAUACUAUACUUACAACGUUGGUGAAGAAUUUCUUGGAGUGUCUGCCGCUUAUGUUAGUGUUUUAAUUGUUCUUUUUGUUUCAACUCCUUGUUAUUCCGUUGCUUGGUAGAAUUUUAUUGACAUUUACAAACCGACGCCUAUAGUAGUGCUACAACAACACCUUCACCGAUGACGUGGACGGGCCAGUGGGAUCACGGGACAUCAUCGACGACGCUCCCGCCUGUCAGGGUUUCACGCAUGCCCCGGACUAUGAGCACCAGAAUACCGUAACAUGAGAACUUUUGCCCUCUGUCUGGCGGUCGCAGUGAGUCUUGCAUGCGUCAUAGUGCUCAAUGUCUUCAAAAAUUAACAUGAUCAUUUCUAGUACCGUAUAAUCUCGAAUAGGGUGGGUGUGUGCGUAAUCUGUAUCUCAAGGGCACAGAAUUCAUAACGGUACGACCGUAUAGGACUCGCGUACAUUUCUCGUCGUACCAUACAUGUAUAUACUGACCAUGCAUAUUGAGGCAGUACCUCAUGGCCAACGAAGUUGUACACUGCGGUACUAUUGGGUAUAGUACAAAACUAUGAUCUCAGAAGACUGGAAAGCUCACUAAUUUGUUUAAUUAAAAUACAAACCAUUCUUGUUUCAAAACAGAAUGAACAAAGAUAAUAGUAGUGAACACGUUAUAGUAGCUGCGAAACAACGCUGAUUUUGAAUUUCACAAAAGAAGCAGCAUUUUUAUGAUUAUUGUGUUGUGUUAGUAAUUGUUUUUUAUUGUAUUGACAGCUGUCACAAAUUGUGUCAGUGAUCAUGACUAUAUUUAAUUGUUAUUUAGCUUACACAUAAUUUACUUCGCCGCAAAAUCUUUAUCUGGUAACAUUUAUUUCAACAUUUUGCAAAGGAGAUUAACAAAUAAGGAAUUGUGCUUUCGAGUUCAUUGUAUGCUGUUUGUUUUUGUACGUACGUCGGAAAUACAGUUUUAAAAAAUGACAGUAUUUAAACCAUUAUAUCUCCGUGAACAAAACUUGCAUAAUGACUGGGGAGAUGUAUAUAUCAGGAAAUUUAAAAGUCGCAAGAAAUUGUAUAUGUGUAUAUGCGGUUGUUAUCUAUUCGAUUUAGUGAAUGACAAGUGCUUUCUCAAGUGCUGUAUAGCUUUACAAUUGUCGAUGUGAGGAGUUCGGAGAUUAAAACGCCCGGCUCAGCGCAUAGUGACUAUCUUUAAAUGUUUAAUGUUAUUAUUGGAUGUGACAUAUUUCCGCGUUAAUUCUGUUGCCUUUUUUCUUUAUUCAAGUGCAUAAUUAAACACAGUUUAGGCUAAUCGGUUGAUAGUUUCUACAAAGCUUCUGUUUACUUCUUAAAGAGAAAAAAUGAUGACACCAUUAAAGUGAUACAUGGAUGACUUUACGUCAAUUAGGCCUAAGCACUGUAUUAGGUUAGUUUUAGAGUUGCUUCUAAACUUGUCUUUUAAUAGCGUGCCCGUGAAAAUAGCUAUAACUACGCCGAGGAGUUGGACACUAUGUAUAACAUUAAAUUUGUUGAAUUUGAUACACCCAAGGUGUUCGACAGUUUUUGUACUCUGGAUGUUAUUUUAAUAGUUUGCUUAUUGGCAGUUUCAUGUAUUCUGGAUUGAUCAGAUUCUCUCUUAUAAUCCAACCAGUUUGGGAUCGAAUCCCAGCGCAGUCAAUUUUGCACUUGACCAAUGGGACAUUGUUGCAUUUUCACGCCAUUUUUUUACACGUUGUGGUUAGAAGUGAGUAUAACCUUCAAGUAAUUAUGACGUUAUUAAAUAUUUUUUUUGUUUUUUGGAUUUCUUUGUUGUGUUUUUUAUAUUUUGGGAUUAGAAUUUACAUUGAUGUAUAUACCAUGACUGAAAAUUGUGAAAUAUUUCAAUACUAGCCCAACAUAUCGUUGGGGUCAUCUAUACACGUCUCUUACCUGUAUGCUCAUGUGUAUGCCUUGUGAGUACUUCUGCAUACUAUAUAAGGUUAUGCCGAGUGAAACGGGAGAGCUACGUAUAUACGACCAAAAGUUGAAUGUCAUCCUAAAAUGAAAUAAAAGAAAAUAUGUCUGAUUGGGAGAACAA